AAACGCGUUACCAGUUUUGAAUAUUUUUUUUUUGAUGUUUGAAGUUGUCAUAAUUAAGCUGUUAAAUCAUUUCUUGGAAGCACCACUGGUUGGUAUAUGAAGGUUGAGUUAAGAUGUCAGAUAGUACCAUACGAGAUAUGAAACAGAAGAACAAUGUGUUGAAAGAUAAGUUGAAUCAAUUGUUCAAACAAAAGGGCUCGUCUAGUAUUGAUGGAGAUGAAACAAUUCAUGAUAUAAAGUUAGUUCAACAAACCAUAGCGACAACCAAUGAUGAUGUCGAUGAUGAAGAUAAGGAGAAUAUAAAGCAUUCAAAGCGUUAUAAUGAACUAAAGUAUAAUAUUGAUGAGAUUAAGAAUACAAAAUAUGAUCUACCAAAGUCAAACAUAAACCCAUAUCUUAACCAAGUUAAACAUGAAGAAAAGAAACAUAUUACAAAAGUGAAACAAGAACAAGUUAUACAUCUGAAUGGCAAUGGGAAAGCAUACGAUGAUGAGUUAAAUUCGAAUAUCUCUUCAUUUACUACUACCAAAGAUAGACCAAGUCUUUUACGAGAAGAAUCAUUGAUUAAAAAGAUUCAAAAUCAAGAACAUAUAAUACUGUCAUUACAACAUGAAUUAUCAUUGAAAGCAUUAGAAAAGGAAGAUCUUAUAGAAGAGUUUCAACUCAAAAUCAUUAAUGAAACUAAAUCCAUUGAACGAAGGCUAUAUAGAGAAUCCGUCAAUAGAGAAAAGGAAUUGAAAUUGAAAUAUGAUUCUGUGAUAGAAGAUAUGAAUAGGACCCAUGCUACAGAGAUGGAAUCACUUAAAAAGGAAUUACUUACUAAACUAAUAAAGCUGAAAUAUGAUUAUAACGUUCUAAAGGAGAAAAAUGCAUCGUUGAUUAGCAUAAAUGACUAUUUAUCUCAUUCACAACAUAUGGCGGAGAAUCAUAAUAAUUUCAACAAUAAUCAAAUUAUCCCACUUUCUCCUCUUUAUUCAGGAGACGAAAAUACCGACGUGUUGAUUGCCAAGUAUGCCACAGAACGAAAUGAAACUCAGUUCGACCUAGAAACUCCCAUAGAUAGUACCACGGAUCAUCUCAUAAAGGACUAUGAUCUUCAUCACACCAAUAAUACUUCUAAACCUAAGUCUUUAAAAUCAUAUAUUUGGAUGGUCAUUUUUAUAAAUCGACUCAAGUCGUUAAUGAAUCAGAGAAAAGUCAUCAACCAGAGGAUUGUUGAUUUUCUGCUGUCGGAUGACUUUUCCUUCUAGGAGAUUUUAUAUAUUAGAUUAAUUAAUAUAAGUAUAUUGCAUUACGAAGAGCAUUUACCAUGAUGAUAAAUCAUUCAUUUGAGUCUACGGGCUUUCUAAUAUAUAAUAGUAUCAAUAUAUUUCUCUAAAAUUAUAUAAAAGAUACAGAAAUUAGAGCAGAGAAGUGAAAUUUUAAAAAAUAAUAAACUAUACAUCAGAU